AUGAUGAAUUACCAUCAACAUGUACCAAAAUCGGCUGAACAUCUUGUUCUACAAGAUCCCUUAUUGAACAAGAAGAAACAAAAGUGUCUUGGAAAUCGAAAAUUGUACAAUUUUACACUCAAGUGUCGAGCCAAAGGAAUGACUGAUCAUGCAAUUGAAAUGUUAUUGUUGCUUAAAAAAGCAAAUACAUUGGUUCAGGCAAAACUUCAAAAUACAUAUGAAGAUCCAAAGAAUGCCUCACCAUUAAUAAAUACGAUCAGUAACAUCCUCAACAUGUCAACAUUGAUCGGAAAUCAGAAUUGUACAAAUGAAUAUCAACAUACGGGUGGACAUUUAAAACUUGAUUCAACCAUUGAACCAUUUUUAUGUUCACAAUCAACAGAAAAAGGAAAAUGGCCUUCACCGUCAACUACAAGAUUUCCAAAGAGAUGCCAACGUUACAAUUUGUGUAAUGAUCACUGGAAACAAAUGUCAAAACUCAUACCAAAUUAUAAAAAAUUAUCACCUUAUCAAUUCAAAGACGCACUAAUGAAGGUCAUUCCUGCUUCUUCUCAACAUCAUAUUAAAGAAUGUUACGUUAAUGUGCCCAUGUUACAUUUCAUUCAACAGCGUACUGAACUUGUAUGUUCUAUUUUGCAAUUAAAAUUUGAACAGGAUUAUUGGAACUCUAUUGAUAAUUUAAUAAGUAUGCCUGUUGUGAUUUGGUUAUCAGAAGCUGGUAAAGAUGUUACGAAAAAAAAUUCUAUCAAUUGGGAUCAUACAAAAACAAAGUUCAAUAUUCAACGUCGACAAACAAUCAUUCAAAAUCGACUACAAGAAGCUGAACAUAGUUUAAAUUUUCAUCUACAACAAUCAUAUCCAUUCGAUUGUGACUUAAACAAUAAAACUGCUUUAGUUAGUUUUUUGAAUGUUAUCUCUCAUGGUGUUGUUACUCUCGCCGAAAAUAGCUUAUAUUAUUUCCGUACCAAUUUUAAACAGAAGAAAAUCUUAUUAGACUUUGAUAUUACUGAUGCACAUCUUGUCAAACUAUUUUACGACUUAAAUCCUACACAAGAACAGAUUUCGAGUGUUCAAAAGAUUUGGCGAGCUAAAGUUAAAUCUUGUAAACAAGCAAUUCGCCGAAAAAAGAAGUAUCAUUCAUCAUCAAUAAUGCACACAAUUUCAAUGAUAGAUCUUGAUCAAGAUCAACAAAAACAUUUACGUUCUGUACAAUCAUUUAUUACUCCAAUGCAAAAAAUUAUUGAAGCUCGUCUAACAAAUAUUGAAGAACGUACACAACAAUUAAUGAAAUUCGUUUAUACUAUUGAUGACAGUGUCUUCUUCUAA